AUGUGUAACAGCAGCUCCAUCACCGAGUUCCUCCUGCUGGCAUUCGCAGACACGCGGGAGCUGCAGCUUCUGUACUUUGCGCUCUUCCUGGGGAUCUACCUGGCUGCCCUCCUGGGCAACGGCCUCAUCCUCACUGCCGUAGCCUGCGACCACCACCUCCACACCCCCAUGUACUUCUUCCUCCUCAACCUCGCCCUCCUUGACCUGGGCUGCAUCUCCACCACUCUCCCCAAAGCCAUGGCCAAUGCCCUCUGGAACACGAGGGCCAUCUCCUAUCAAGGGUGUGCUGCACAAGUCUUCUUUUUAGUCUUCUUGUUCAGUUCAGAGUAUUUCCUUCUCACUGUCAUGGCCUACGACCGCUACGUUGCCAUCUGCCAGCCCCUGCACUACGGGAGCCCCCCCUCGAUUUCCUCCCUUUCCCUGGAUCUUGUUCUGGCAUUCCUGUACUUUGUGGUACCUCCAGUAGCGAACCCCUUCAUCUACAGCAUGAGGAACCAGGAGAUCAAGGUUGCCAUGUGGAAA